CGGAGAGACCCAGAAGUGGAGAGGGCGACUUCUCUCGCAGAGCGUCUGACACAGGGGAAGGAGGUCUGCCAGGAAACGCUCCUUCGCUCUCUUUUCGCGUUGUCGACCUCUCGAGUUUCUUUAGCUCCUGAAAUGCUGCGAGACGGUGGCACAGACACAGCAGAGACGCUGGGAAACGCCCAAGAUGGGGAGGACCUGCCCAAGUGAGACAAGCGAAGGCGGACGCGGGGUGUCUCCGCCACCUGAAACCUACUGUCUCUCACCUGAUUCACCCACCUCUGUGGGGACUGAUCUCUCUGCUUCUGCUUCUCUCUCUUCUUCUGCGGGUGCGGAGCCUCCUUCGUGCAGCGACAUGGAAGACCUGGAGUUGCUUAGACUGGCCUGCGAAGACUGUGGCGCCUGCAUGGCGUAUCACCACCGUCGCGUUCUUCCGGACGUCUCUGCUCUGACGGAUUUCCGGCUUUCUCUGCUCUCGUGGUUUGACGCGCAUCGCCGAAGACUCCCUUGGAGAGGCGACUCGCCGCCGUUUACGUCUUGGAAUGAAACACGCGCAGCCACAGCGGGGCGGCAACCCAGCAAGAAGAAAGGCGAGGGCGGAACAUCCACUCCUUCGAUUCUCCGUUUCUUCGCGAAGCAACCGAAAACCUGCAUGAAACGCAACUCACCCCAGGGCUCGUCCGGCUUCCUCUCUUGUUCUUCCUCGUCUUCAUCUUCUUCUUGUUCUCCCUGCUCUUCGUCUUCUUCUCCUUGCUCGUCCGCCUCUUCUUCCUCUUGUUCUCGCUCUGCUGGCGCUAACUGCAGGGAGGCAGACCUGCAUGCAUGUGCCCCGUCACCGCCGUCUGAGCCUCGACGUGUUCAGUCUGUGAGCGUUGCGGCCUGCGGCGAAGCGGAGAAAAUCGCGAAACUAAAUCGAGGAGAAGCACAGGAGAAAGUAGACAGAGCAGGAAGCAAGGAGGCAACGCGGCGCGUAUCCCCCUAUGGUGUGUGGGUGAGCGAGGUCAUGCUUCAGCAGACGCAAGUCUGCACGGUCAUUGAUUACUGGCAAAGAUGGAUGUCUCGGUGGCCGACAGUCGGCGACUUAGUCAAGGCAACCGAGGAGGAAGUUUCGCAGAUGUGGAGUGGACUAGGCUACUACCGCCGGGCAAGGCAACUGCUGAAGGGCGCCCAGACGGUUGUGCAGGAGUUUGACGGCGAGUUGCCUGGCGACGUCGAGAAGCUGCUGUCCAUACCUGGCAUUGGGCCGUACACGGGAGGGGCGAUUUCAGCAAUUGCGUUCGGAAACAGAGCCGCUGCUGUCGACGGAAAUGUGUUGAGAGUUCUCGCGCGCUUGCUAGGCCUCGCGGCGCCGGCAGACAGUCGUGCUCUCGCCAUGUUCUGCAGCCGAUGGAUGCCGCCGUUUUUAGACCCGCGACGGCCAGGAGCUUCGACGGAGGCGUUGAUCGAGCUGGGCGCUACAAUUUGCACUCCUCGCGCGCCUUCUUGUCUCUCUUGCCCAGUUCGACAGUUUUGCCUCGUAAACCGAGAGGCAAAGUCAGGCACCUCUGCCUGCGAGGCGCGGCGCGAGAUCCACUCGGCAGACUGCAAGCUGUGCAUUCCUUUCGCAGAAGCGCAGGCGGCCGUUCGCGAACGACAGCAGGCAGCGUAUCCCGUGGCGAAAGCGACGAAAAGCCGUCCUGAAGAAUCCUACGUCGUGCUGUGCGUCACACGAGUUCCUGGAGAGCGCGAAGACGCAGACGCGCAUUCGACAGGUCGACGCGGACAUUCCUCCAACUCCACAAAGAGCCAAAUUGCAUGCGGAGAAGACAGGCACACGAGUGGACAGGUUCGGGAACGCGAGUUCGAACAGUGGGAGAUUCUCCUGAGGAGACGCCCGAGCGCCGGCUUGCUCGCCGGACAGCUCGAAGUGCCAAGUUGCUUGCGAAGCCGCACACAGGGUGCGAAAACGCCGGAAGAAAAAAAGGCAGCGACUCUGAAAAAAAGGAAACGACCUGUUUGCGAAGGAGAUGCAGACGAAGAAGACACUUGCUCGGCGUCUUCAGAUGUCGUAGACAUCACCGAGGACGUGACCGGCAAUCGUCCGAACACCCACGAAGCAAGAUCUCAACAGACAACAGAAGCGGCGACACAGACGAAAGAGGAGACAGAGACGCAGGCGGAGACAGAGAAGGAGAAAGAGACAAGAAAUGAGACAGAUAGGAGGCUGGGAAUAAGCCUUGUGCCUGAAGGGAGCGGCCGGGGAGAGAGUUCUGAAUUGGUGCGACGUGGAGAAAGGGAGAACGCGACAACGACGCUAAAAAAACAACAGCGAGAGGGCGCUGGCGAGACACGAUUUAAAAGUUCAAACAAUACACAGAAAGCGCUCCGUGAGCUUGCGCAAGAGCUCCAAACGGCCGCGGUAAUCGCUGGGAACCCUGUCUUUGUAGGGGAAGUUACUCACACUUUCAGCCACGUUCAGCACGAGCUGAAACUGUUCUGGAUAGAGAGCAACGAUGCCGAGACGCUCUCCAACAUUCGAGCGACUCCGGACGAGUGCAAACAGGAAAAGCAGGUGAAACGGAGCGGCAGCGACUUCAGGAGACAACUGGAAUGGAUCCCACUGAAACAAGCAUUUGAUCUUUGUCACUCAACGUACACAACCAAGGUCCUGCAGGCGUUGACGGACUUUUUACGGCUACGCGGAGAUUCUUCGAAGAGAAAACUCGUGAAAUCGAACAUCAAGCGAGAGGCAAAGCUCCAGCCGUCCCUGCCUAGUCGCUUCCUUGGGUGAACCGCCGAGUCGAUAACCAGACACACUGCGAGUUGGGAGAAAUAUCCGUAUCUGUCUCGAAAAGUGGUUUUGCACAACACUUCUCUGUCGCAGUGAGUACCGUUUCUCGUCGAGUUCCAAGACUUCUUGCCACUGCAGUUGCGUGAGUGUUUUACCUAACCUGGACGGACGCUACUGAAUGCCGAAUAUAAAAAAACUCCAGAUCCGUAAAGUUCGUCUCCAAUUCAGAGGCCUUCAAGCGUCGCACACCUGCGUU